UUAAGUGGAAUAUUUUUAAUUAUUUUAUAUUUAACAAACAUUUAAUCAGAUAAUAAAAAAAAAUAAUUUAAAACGAGAACAAAAAUAAAAUCAUACAGUAAUCCUGCUGUGGGCCUUGUAUUCACAGGAAUAACGAAUUAUAAUUUCGAGGGCAAGGAAAAAUUUUGAAAAUGAACAAAAAUAAAUAAUAAAAUAUUUUGACAUAUUUUUUCCUUGCCCUUAAAAUUUCAAGAUAAAAUUAAUGAUGCAAGUAUGCAGAUGUAUGUACAACAGGCGGCGACGUAAACUGCACUGCAGGUUUAUCAAACAAUAACUAUCCAUAUAUACACAUUUUAAGUCUUUUAUUCAACAUUUUCAUAUUGCUUAGCGAAUUCAUCAGAUAACUUCUGUAAAACUGUCAGCUCAGCAUCUUCCUCCAUAGUAGAUAGCACAACUUGAGAUUCUUUAAUUUUUUUAACAAUUUGGAUUAAAUUUCUACAAUCUUCAGCCAACUUGUGAACACCUUCAAAAUCUCUUCCACAAUUAACAACUUUUUCAGUUGCCAAAGUAAGUUUUUUAACAGAGUCUACCAAUUUUUCUUGAUCUUUAUUCUCUAAUGAUUUUAUAUUUUUUAAAACUAAAGUGCCACUUAUAUAUGUUAAAGCGCCAUGGACAGUUUCUACAUGUUCUUGUGUUUGAUAAUUUGUAUAAAGACCCUUUAUUUUAUUUAUAUUUUCUUCUAAGGUGUUAAUCAUUUUAACAAUCUCUUCCUUUUUUAUUAAUAGAUCAGUCUCUUUUUUAAUCUGAUUAUAACGUUCUUUCAUUUGUGCUACAUUUUCCUCUUGCAAUAAAAUUUGUCCAUUGAGCACUUUCUCUUGUUUCUUUAUUUCCUUCUCCACUAUUUCUUGUUUUAAAAGUGCUUGUAAAUAACUAUUGUAGACCAAAUCUAACUGGAUUUUUGAUUUUAGUGAUGUUUUUUUAGCGGGACCCCCGAUGGAAAUUGAAGUAUUUUCUGGAGAUGGCUCAUUAAUAUUUGGAUUAUUUCUUUUACUUUCAUUCAUUUUACACCACAGAUCACUUACUUUUUUUGCACUUACGAUCAGACCUUACAGUUUACUUUUCGAAAAUUACCAUCACAGAUAUAACCGGAUAUAACCAUGGGGGCAUGGGGACAUGGGCUGGUCUGGUAUUAUUUAUUUAUUAUUCAUUUGUUGUAAAUGCGAAACGGAGUGUUGGCAAUACUGGAUGAAUCCUAACCUCAGUAAAACCAGAGGGUAAAAAUGGGGUAAAACUAGGUAAAACCUAAAACGCAAAAAAUGUUUCAGCAUAGAAAAAUAAAAAGUGUUUCAGUUUCAAUUUCAAAUCGAAAAUAAAGCAAAGUUAUGUUACAAAAGGUUUCUCUCUUUUUUCUAGCCAUAGUAACAAUUAUUCCAUGUUAUAUAAAAUAUAAAAGACUAAAAGAGAAAUUUAACCAGGAAUUGCUUUUUAAGCAAAGACAUAAUUGUGUAGUUAUGUACAAUACUGACUUAGGAAUGAGUGGCUGGCCCCCUUAUAAAAAGCGAAUACGUCCUGUCAUUACCGAAGAAAACUGUUUAGAUGUUUUGUAUGAACCUAUUAUUUAUUUUAUUAAUACAUCAACAAAAACUUUAGAUGUAGCUUACAUGAUGAUCAGCAUACCAAAAAUUUACGAUGCCUUAAUAGAGGCAUGUAAAAGAGGUGUUAAUGUUAGGUUGUUAAUGAAUUUUGAACAUUCUAAAAGGGAUUUGAAUAUUAUUAGGAAGUGCAUUAAAGAAGGUAUGAAAGUACAGUUGUACAUAACCCAUCUACCUGACAUGAGUAGCAUUAUGCAUUACAAAUAUAUGCUGAAAGACUAUAAGGAAGAUGGUGGAUAUGUUUUAAUUGGUUCCAUGAACCUUACAAGGUCAGCUUUUUUGGAGAACUAUGAAGAUAUAGUUUUCACUUCCGAUCCUUAUGUCUCCACAUCUCUUAAUGAAAAUUUUGAAAACUGUUGGCAAUAUAUUGAGGCUGAAAAUCAAACAUUGUUAAAUAAAACUAUUCUCCUUGAUGUUAAUCUAUUUCUGUAAAUAUAAUAAUUUUUUUUCUGUUGAG